ACACUGGCUUGUUGAGUUGUGCGCAGUGUUCUCCUGUACUGACAGCGAGGAUUGAUCAGUUCGUAUUUGAGUAAAAUCUUUCUGUGUUUUAUAAACAUUUGAUCUGCAAAACAGCCAUCUUAUCAAGCUGGCGGUGUUUUUAAGUCUGGAUAAUGGCGGACUUUGGCCGCUACUACUACAAUGAGCAUGAUGACCGAGUGGGCGGCCCUCAUUUCCGUAACCAUAAAAGUCGUGGGUCAUCCAGGGGACGCAUGUACAAUGAGCAUAGACCACGAGGGAGUCCCGCAGGAGGUUUCAGCCCUGGUUCCUCAGGCAGGUUUGUGGAUGAAGCUGGAGAUAUGAACCAUGACCAGGAUGGGGCUUUUCAGGGGAGAUUCAACCCGUAUGGCUGGGCCAACCAACGAGGGGAUGGCCGAAUUGCUCGAGACAGAAGAAGAGGAAUCGGGCAAUACAGGCCAGGGGGAAGUCGCCAGUUACUAGGCAACACAGAAAGACAAGGAGGUGCACCAGUCUCAGGAAAAACCAAAACAUGGUACAAAAUAACGAUCCCUUAUGGCAAGAAAUAUGACAAGAGGUGGCUUUUGUCUGCCCUGCAGAAUCUUUGCCCCAUACCUUUUAGUCCUGUACAUUAUUCCAUGGAGGGGCAGAAAGUGCAGUUCUACGUCGAGGAUGACCGCACUGCCAGCGCCUUGCGCACUAUCUCUCGCAGGAUCACAGAUAACGAAGGAUAUAAGGUCGUUGUGCUCGUGAACCCCUGUUCACCACCGUCUUUCCUCCAGAGUGACCUGAAAGACCAGGAUCUUGAACACUUAAAGCAAUGCAUGUCCAAGCGAUUUAAUUCCUCGGAGCAAUUUCUUGACCUGAGCAGCAUUCGCAGUGAUCAAGAUUUGAUCUCUCAGAACAUCAAUGUGAUUUUGAGUAGGAAGAGCUGCAUGGAGGCUGUGAUAAAGAUCAUUAAAGAGAACAUCCCUCAACUGGCUGCUCUAAACCUAAGCAAUAACAAGCUCUACAAGCUGGAUGACCUUACAGAGCUGGUGAACAUAGCUCCCAACCUAAGGACUCUCAACCUGUCCCAUAACGAGUUGAAGUCUGAACGGGAGCUGGAGAAGCUGAAGAGCUUGAAGCUUUCAGAGCUGUGGCUGGAUCGCAAUCCUCUGUGUGAUCACUUUACAGACCAGGCAACGUACAUCAGCACUAUUCGUGGACUAUUCCCCAGGCUCAUCAAACUGGAUGGCCAUAGUCUUCCUGCACCGAUAGGUUUUGAUGUUGAAACCCGCACUACAAUUCCUCCUUGUAAGGGCAGCUACUUUGUUUCAGCUGAAGUCAAGGAAUUUAUUCUGCGUUUUCUGCACCAAUUCUACAGCGUGUAUGACUCUGGAAAUCGACAGCCUCUGCUGGAUGCGUAUCAUGAUGGGGCCUGCUUCUCCCUCAGUCUUCCCUUCAGCAUACAGAACCUCUCCAAGUCAAACUUUGGAGAAUAUCAAAAUCACAAUCGCAACAUUAAGAGAAUCAAAGACCCAGUGACGCGGUUCCGUGUAUUGAAGCACACGCGACUGAAUGUAGUUGCCUUCCUGAAUGAAUUGCCCAAAACCCAGCAUGAUUUAGCCGCUUUCAAUGUGGAUGUAAGCACAUGCACACAAACAUUACUGGUGUUUACAGUCAGCGGGGUGUUCAAGGACACUGAUGUCAAGUCAAAAGAAUUUAUCCGUGCCUUCUCCCGGGUCUUCGUUGCAGUUCCAGCCAUGAAUAAUGGGCUGUGUUUAGUCAACGAUGCACUAUUUGUGAGGAAUGCAACCACUGAAGAAAUCCGCCGUGCGUUUGCCACACCCGCCCCGACUCCGUCCAGCAGCCCCGUGUCCACUCACUCUCCCAGCCAGCAGGAGAUGAUCUCCACCUUCUCCCAGAAAUCUCAGAUGAAUCACGAGUGGUCCCAAAAGUGGCUACAACAGAAUGAAUGGGACUUCAACCGAGCUGUUCAGCUCUUUACAGAACUCAAGGCUCAGGGCUCCAUAUCAGAGGUGGCUUUCACAUAGUGAAGAUGGAUCAGACUAGUUCUGUGUUUAACAAAUUGCUGUAUAAAAUUUAAAAAGCAGAGGAGUUUUUUAUUAUUAUUAUUAUUAUUUAAUUAUCAUUUGGUGUUUUCAGUGUUUCUUAAUGUUAUUAUAGCUCAGGCUGGACUGAGAAUUAAACAGUAACAGCACUUCUGUUAUUCUGUUACCAUUGUGUUUUAAUUAUUUUAUUUGUGUUCAGGACAGCCCUUGUUGGAGACAACAUUUAAAACAGCAAUAAAAACAUCUGGUUAU